AUGUUCAGCCCUUUCAGCUGUGCCAGUUUUAGUCACCAAGUAGAAGAAGAUGAUGAGCACAUGAUUUCAACUUCGCCUCCAUCUCCAAGAAAAUCAUCAAGAUCGAGAAGCGUUGGCCUGAUUUACAGAAGACACAACAAGGACAGCAAAAACCCCUAUUCGGACCGGGGCCUUGACAAGUUUUCUGCACUUGUAGCUGACCUAGAAGAGAAAAGGCAGAAGAUUUAUGCGCAAAUGGACCCGAAAGACAAAUCUUUUGUGCGGUUCGUAUUCAAGGACGAGACUGAUACAAGUGCUCCGGUUCCAAUCGUGAUCAAACUGAAAGACAAAAAGGAAGACAAAACAAAGACAACUAGUGAUCGUGAAGAGAAGCAUGCAAACCCUAAUUCAGAAGCCUUUGAAAAUAUUGACCAAUCCCACAUCGACAAGAAAGACAUGAAGCAGAAGCAACCGAGAUCGGAAUCUGAUCAAGAGAGCAAGAAGGGGAGAUUUUCAAGUUGGAAAAUGAAGUUGGAUGAGUGGAGAAAGCCAUAUUAUUAUUUGCCGGUCGUUGUGAUCUUUAUUUUGGUGCUGUUGACUUUGUUUGGGCGGUCGUUUGCCAUAUUGUGUACGUCUAUUUUUUGGUACGCGGUUCCAACUGUGAAAGAGAGCUCGAGUAAUGCAAGGAGGCCGGUGGCAUCAAAGAAGAAAGAUUAUGUUAUUGAGUAG